GUAGGGGGCGGGGCGAGGCGAGGCGGAGGAGGCAGGCGGAGUGCUGGGACACGGAAGAAGAGGGUCGCCGCUGAGCUGCUGCCCCCUUUUCCCGAGCGGGCGUGCGGCUGCGGCUUCUUUCUUGACCGGCUUCCCCCGCAAGGCAGGAUCUUCUGCUGUGAAGACGUUACCUAAGUGCCAGCAGAUCUGACCCACGAAGCCUGGAAAGAGAAGACCAUCAGGUUCUUGGGCACGGUGCCGUCUAGCUCCACCUCCCCUAGAGGCCCCCGGAUCUGAGCAGAGGUGGAAGUGGGGUGGCCUGGCCCCCCUCCUGCAGACCCAUGGCGCGUCGGCUCCAGUUACAACUGCUGACGUGGGAUGUGAAGGACACGCUGCUCAGGCUCCGCCACCCCGUGGGGGAGGAAUAUGCCGCCAAGGCCCGGGCCCACGGGCUGGAGGUGGAGGCCGCGGCCCUGGGACAGGCCUUCGGGCGGGCAUAUAGGGCUCAGAGCCACAGCUUCCCCAGCUAUGGCCUGAGCCGUGGCCUCACCUCCCGCCAGUGGUGGCUGGAUGUGAUCCUGCAGACCUUCCACCAGGCAGGCAUUCGGGAUGCCCAGGCUGUGGCCCCCAUCGCUGACCAGUUGUACGAGGACUUCAGCAGUUCCCGCACCUGGCAGGUGUUGGAGGGGGCUGAGGCCACCCUGAGGGGGUGCCGAAAACGAGGUCUGAGGCUGGCAGUGGUCUCCAACUUUGACCGACGACUGGAGGACAUCCUGGCGGGUCUUGGUCUGCAGGAACACUUCGAGUUUGUUCUGACCUCUGAGGCUGCCGGCUGGCCCAAGCCCGAUCCCCGCAUUUUCCAUGAGGCCUUGCGCCUUGCUCAGGUGGAACCGGCAGUGGCAGCCCACAUUGGGGACAGUUACCAAUGUGAUUACAAGGGAGCACGGGCCGUGGGUAUGCACAGCUUCCUGGUGGCUGGCCCUGAGCCUUUGGACCCUGCGGUCAAGGAUUCUGUACCCCAAGAACACAUCCUCCCCUCACUGUCCCAUCUCCUGCCUGCCCUUGACCGCCUGGAGGGCUCACCCCCAGGGCUUUGAGCCUGGCGAGGGAAGCGGUCAGGCUCAACAGACACUGGAGACAGGGAGCUCCUUCCUUCCCUGAGAUCUGGCCUUCACCCCCCCACCCCCCGCAGCCUCCAUAAUGCAUUCCGACUAUAAAGCAGUGAAUGCGGGGCAUUCAACCCUGCGCCACUAACCAGC